UUUUUGUUUUGAGUAUGAUUUUGCUCGCCUUCUGAUUAUCAUGUAAUAUUCUUUUGGGUGUUAUAUUCCCCUCCUCGUGUAUUUUUUCCUUCCGCGAGGGACCCACCAUGCAUGUAGAACCUCUGUCAUGUACUCCCUCGAGGUUAGUCAUUGCCUUAGCUACAUUUGUACAUCCUGUGAUAACUUAUUACCUUCCCGUUGAAAUAAUGUUGUCAAUACCUUUCCAUACAUCCGCCGGAAGACCAGAUGGAAUUCCGAGACAAAGAACAUGGAAAGUCGAUGUCCCUGCCCUGUCUUCGACGGGAUUGAUUUAUGUUUCUUUGUAGGCGGCUCUGAUGGAAUGGCUACUAGUGACCUGUUG